CACCCCAGACCCAGCUGGCAGGCCUUGCACCUGCAGCGCCCGCUCCCCGUGCUCGCCCCUGUGGGUGUGGCUCGGCCUACCUGGCCCCACCGCUCCCUUCCCAUGUCCCUCCAUAUUUUGGCCUCCUUCCGAGUGCCUAGGUCUCUGUCCGCGCCCCACCCCCAUAACUACUCCGCUCGCGGACCCAGAGCCCCAGGCGAGUCCAGAUGUCCGAGGUAUCAGGAAAUCUCAAUAGCCUUCGCAUGGCGAACGUGGCCCUGCGAGAAGAAUUAAAUGCCCUUCGCAGGGAGAAUGACAAUUUGGGCCCUCAGCUCGGAAGAGCCCUGGCCGACGUGAAUUCCUUGAGGGGCAAUAUCUCCAGCUUGGUGCGUUGGCCAGUGCAGGUCCUAGAGGAGAACUUUGAGUUCCCGCUCAGCGAGAUAGACUCCGUGCCCGAGGGCGAACUGCCCUUCAUGUGCUCGCCUCCCCCACGCACAGAUCCCGGGAGCGCCUCAGAGGAGCUGUUGGUCAACACCACCCAGGACUGCGACACCUCAGAAGGCCAGGUCGACCCUUCCCCGCAGCCCUGCCCACCCCCGCCGGCUCUGGCGCUGCUCCUGCCCACCUCCAAGGAGCUGCCCCCACAGCUUCCCAUGCCACCUCUGGAGUGGCCUGAGUUAGAGCCCUUUUCAGGCGACCAGGUCUACCUGCCUGAAUUCCUGAAGCGCAGGCUUCACAAGGACCAGUGGAGGUGUGUGAGAGUUAUUCAGCAAGAGAUGAGGGAGCAGGAGGAAAAGAGGAAAAAGGAGGAAGAGAUUAGGAAGGAGGAGGAGGUGAAACAGAAACAGGAGGAGGACUAUCAUAAUGAAGACGAGAUAGUGGAGGUCAGCGACAUAGACAAGGAAGAGGAGGCAAUCAGGAAGAAGAAUGAGGGUGAGAAUAAGGAUGAGGACAAGGGCCAGGAACCAGGGCAGGAAACAGAGCAGGAGCCAGAACUGGAGGAAGAGACAGAGGAUGAGGCCCAGGAUGAUGACCUAGAUGAGUUCGUGGACGUGAUGCCGACCUAUGCCAAUGCUUCAUCCCAGACUUCUGGCUACUAUCAUGAAAAUUUCCUAGAUGCAUCAACUCCCAUAAUACAAGCCAACAGACGGAGGAACCAGGAUCGAGUCCCACUGCUGGAGGGCCUUCCAGGUAUCAAUUCACCCUUCUACAGUUCACCAUCACUGAUUCGCCAGGCAGGUCGCUUGGUGCAACGCCAAACUCGAAGACGGCCCCCAGUACUAUUCCGCCUCACUCCAAGACAGGGGGGCCACCGGGCUCCCCGUGGCCGAAUUCGCGUGUGAGUGCUGCGGAGAUGGCCACCCAGAACACACCCUUCUACUGCGUCCCCUUUCCUUGCUAUUGCUGCCACACCUUGCCCCUUUUCUGACUAGUAUUUAAGGGAGUUCCAGACCUGAAAAACCUGAAGAAGACCUGUAGAACUACAGACCAUCUUGCAGCCAUGACCACCUGGUAAAGGAGGGGUCAGCAAUAGUUAUCGUCUUGACUGCACUCUGCUCAGAUCUACCACAAGCUGCUGAGCAGGUUUCUGGGCCUAUUCCCAUAAAUGAACUGGUCACACCCUCACAUUUCCCCUCUAGUCAUUCCUAAUACUGUGUUCUAUGGUUUUAUCAACUCUGACUGGCUCACCAAAGCUUCACCCAAUGCCUCAAUGAUCUGCCCCAGUGAGCGAGCGAAAGGGCGGGCUACACUAAACUCCUAAGGCCACUGAGGAUAUUUACUAGAUAUAAUUGACGGAGAGCAGGAUGGGAUCUCUAAAUGUGCCUAGAAGCCUACACUUGCUUCAUUCUCCAGCAGAAGGGCCCAAAGAGGACCUUACAUGUAGUCCAGUGAGGGUGGGCAAAGCCACUUGUCAAGUGGACAUUUCACUGAGGUUUGUUCUUGAUGACUGAGCAAGCUAGUUCAACCUUCCCAAAGACUACCGUAUCAAGGUCCUUGGACAAACUCACAAAAUCUGGGGCCCUCUCUUCCUACCACACUGUCCUCCCGGGCAUCCCCGCUGGACAGAACCCAGUGUUACCCCUUUCCUUGAUGUUGCCUGGAAAAUGGGGGAGGAGGAAGAAGAGGAGA